AUGGUACUUCAACUGUUGAAUAUUGAAACCACUUCGCAGUUGUCUUUGGAUGCGGAGCUCCGUCCCAGAGUUACUAGAAAAUGCGGUGGCUUGUUUCCUUUCUCGAUGCAGUCGGAAAGUGGAGAUGCCAACAACCGUGCAAACGGUGGCGAAGAAAAAUUGAGGCUGUGGAAAGAAAAGGCGAAAGCUGCGCGCAAGCCCAGCUUGCAACAAGGAGUUUACAUUUCCAUUUUGUGUGUUCUUGGAAUUUCAUUAACGGCAUAUGCCCUGCAUGUGGAGCACAUGCUACGUCUAAACAAAUCCUACAAGGUUGCGAAAUCAGCAUAUGGAUCAGGUUUAGGCAUCAUCUCAAAGAGGGGUCCAUUUGGAUUUUUGGCGUUCUCAAAUCCAAUUUACGGAUUGGUAUUUUAUCUCGCCAUGCUUGGGCUACAGGCUCCGCCCAUAUUUGCCUCUCCCAGGGCUAGAAUUGCUUCAGUUGUUCUUGCUUCAGUGUCCCUCUUCGCAUCGGCGUGGCUUGGAUAUUUGCUGUUUGCCGUGAUCAAAGAAAUCUGUAUAGUAUGUAUCUCGUCGUACGUCUUGAACGUGUUGAUUUUUGUCCUUACGAUGGCUGAUUAUCGGAAACUUAUAGCAGACCUCAAGAGCAGGAAGCCCUCUUCGGCAUAA